CUUAAAGGUCCGAGAAAUGAAGUGCUCGCAGUCACAGAAGUGGUAUAAUUAACAACUUUUUAUUGUACACGUGGGCAUGAAGUUCUGGCAUCGAAGCUCCAAAGUCCAAAGACAGAGCAGAACCCAGAACACGAUGAAGAAAGAAGUAACGCCACCUGAAGGGAUGCGUGAUUAAACAAUUAUCCAACUCUAGUAGUAGUAAAUAGAAAUUGAAGAAGGAAACUCUGGGUAUUGUCUUGUCUUGUUUUGUCUUUCUUUCGUUUUACUAUAUGUAUUUCGACUUUGAAUUGAAUCUCUGCAAAAACAGAAGAUAAUUAGGAUAUUUUAGGGUUUAAUUAGACUUAGGGUUCAAGAUUCGUUUCUUCAUUUUGAAAGCAGGAAGAGUUUUCAACCUAUCAUUAAUGGAAUCCAAGAUAAGUGAUACCAAGGAAAAUGAAAACAAGGAGGCCGAGCUAGCUGUUCCAGGAGCUUCCGAGACGAACGAUGGAGGCCAUCCUGUUAAUGCACAGCUUCAGCAACAUCCUUCUUCUCCUUCCUCCGUGCCUUUGGAGGCUUACUCAAUAACCUCUCCCACUGGGAAUGCCAGUGCUGAUAACAACAUACAACCACUUUCUACUCCACCUCAGCACUCUGCGAGCUUUCUUCCUGUCCAUAGUCAACAACCUUCACUGAAGUCUGCUACCGAAGUCUCAAGUAAUGUGAAAUCUAAAUCCUCUGCUAUUUCUGAUUUCAAGACGCCUACAGAUGCUAAAAGCGACUCCCCUUCCUCCAAUCAUAUUCAAAUCGCUGAAGCCACAACUGUUUUUAAAACUGAAACCUCCUUUGUCUCACCCACUAAACUCACUGCUAAUGCCAAAACUGAAACUUCUUCUGCAUUACUUCAGAGUAAAACUAAUAAUGCUGGUGACCCAGUACCCACCUGCCCUAACGAACUUCAACCGCUUAUACCUUUUCCAUCACUUUCUGAUAUGAAAUUGGUGCAGAAGAGGGGGGAAGAUUUGAAGAAUGAGGUCAAUAAGCUGGACUUAACUACACCCCCUGUUAACGGGAACAGAAAUUCCGAGCUCUCAUUUCUCUUGGAUGAUGUUCAUUUUUCUGAUGGCAAUGACUCAGGAACAGAAGACGAGCAAUUGGUCUUCAUGAAGCAACUGGAAAAUUUCUUCAAAGAGAGGGGCAUGGAAUUUAAGCCUCCUAAAUUUUAUGGUGAAGGACUCAAUUGCCUCAAGUUGUGGAGAGCUGUUACUAAAUUGGGUGGCUAUGACAAGGUAACUUCAUGUAAAUUGUGGCGGCAAGUGGGAGAAUCAUUCAAGCCCCCAAAGACCUGCACCACUGUUUCAUGGACAUUUCGUGGUUUCUAUGAGAAGGCACUCCUUGAUUAUGAAAGGCAUAAGACAUGCGGGGGUGAGCUUAAUAUACCUGUUGCUUCCCAAUCAGAGCCUAUGAAUGUUGUUAAUCAGGCUUCAGGAUCAGGUAGAGCACGAAGGGAUGCAGCUGCACGUGCUAUGCAGGGUUGGCACUCACAACGCCAUUUCCGUAAUGGUGAAGUCAGUGACCCAAUAAUUAAGGAUAAGAAUCCUAUUCCUCUGCAAAAGCAUGAAAAACAGCUUAAAAGCCUGGGUUUGCUUAAACGUAAGAAACCAUCUUACUUGGACCAUGCUGUCAAAGCUGCAACUACCAAAGUAUCUAAGGCACAUGUGGAGACAGCAGUGGUUGAUAUUGGACCCCCUGCAGAUUGGGUUAAGAUCAAUGUGCAGAAAACUAAAGAUUGUUUUGAGGUCUAUGCUUUAGUUCCGGGGCUUCUUCGUGAGGAGGUGCGUGUUCAAUCUGAUCCUGCAGGACGCCUGGUAAUAAGUGGCAAGCCUGAGCAUCCAGAUAAUCCUUGGGGUGUUACACCAUUCAAAAAGGUUGUCAGCUUGCCCUCGAGGAUUGACCCCCAUCAAACGUCAGCGGUGGUAACCCUUCAUGGACAGUUGUUUGUACGCGUUCCACUUGCACAAGUUGACUAGUGGACUUAAGGUGUCUGCUCCACCUUCUGUGUGAAGAGGUGAGAGAGAGUGACUAGGAUUUAAGCCAGAGGCAAUUGAACGUAGUGUGAAUCACUGUGUGGUACUUUAUGCUUUGCUCUGCGGCCCGAAUUAGGCAUGCCACAGUUUUAAUUUUAAACAAGUGUAGUAUUUGAUUUUCGUUUCUAAUAUAAAAAGUAGUGUACGUCAUUUA